GGAGCUGCCACUUGGCUUGCAACCGGUCUCACCAUAGAAGAAUUUCAAAUCUCUCUCUCUAGAGAUGUGAAAAGGCUUGGGAGACAUCCUACAGACAUUCAAUUACUGAGAGUGGCCCGACUUAGGGAUAAGCUGCAAACUCAGAUAACAAGUUUUCUUGAGAUGGCAUCUACAUAUCUUGGAUGCGAAGUCGAUGCAAAUGAACUGGAUUCUCUGGUAAACAGGGAUCAUGAUUCACCGGAUGAAGAAGAUUAUUCUGAUCUCGAUGAUCAUGAUCAACAUCCGGAUCCGGAAACACAUGCCUCAAUAUUUCAACCAGAGCUUACUAUCAUACCUUUGCCUUCUAACCUUGGUAAAGCCAGAUGCAAGGCAUUGGGUCUAACCAAUCUCAUGAAAGAAGAAACUGUCCUCCGUGAAGGCCAAGCCAAUGAUGCACUUUAUGCAAUUAGAGUUCAUUUGGUAGAUAAGGCUGUGAUAUUCUGGGACACUGUCUGGUCAGCUAAGUCACAAGCCACCUCAACCUGGGCAUGGACUCGAGUUCGUACAGUGGAAGCAGCAGUCAAACUCAAUGCCAGGAUAUACUUGAAAUGCCAGUUGCAGCUAGAUCAACUCCCCAAUCACAACCUCUUGAAGAAAUAUCUUCCAUUGAAGAAAGAACACCUGAAGGCAAGCGCUGCAGUGGCUGAUCCAAAUGCAUGUGGUCAGAGGAACACUACCCUUGCAUGGUUCUGGUUGCUUGAUGUUCAGGGUGAUACAGCCGGAAAUGACUGGAUGACAGAAUUUUAUCGGGUGAACUGGCUCCAGACCAAGGCACUUUGUGAUCAUUGGAAUGAAGAGGUCAUUCUUGUCAAACAUGAAAUGCAGUGGACCAUCAAUUUUUUCAAGCAUAAGGUCAAGCAAUGGCUUGCUCACAUGGACAAUGCUGCUUCCAAUGAGAUGACUGGACAUGCAUGUUAUGCUGCCCGACAAUCUCAAAUAUACCACGACCUGGCCGUACAUGGGGCAGAUUCUUUUUGCAAACUCAGUCCGGAUAUUCAGGGUGAUAUACAGGUUGUCAGAUGA